AUGUUAUCGUUUCCUAGAGAAUGUCUUGAAGAAGUUUUUCAUCACUUAGAAUAUGAUAAAGCUGCUUUAUAUAAUUGUUUGUUGGUUAAUAGAUUUUGGUGUAGAAGCACAGUUUCUUCUUUAUGGAAACGACCUUUUCAAUUAGUUAAAAAACCUUCACCCGAAUUAAUAGAAAUUUAUAUUUCUUUACUUGAUAAUCAAGUUAAAAAUAAAUUAAUAUUAGAAGGGGUAUUAAACACUUCUUACUCUUCAUCACCUAAAAGAUUAUUUGAUUAUCCAAUUUUUUUAAGAGAAUUUAGAUUUGAUGACCUUUACGAUUUUGUUUCUGCUUGGUUAAAAGAUAGUUGUUAUCAAGGUAAAAAUGAAAUAAAGAAGGAAACAGUUGCGUUCGAUGAUCUUCGUAUCACCAAAAUAUUAGUUAAUGAACUUUGUAAAUUAAUUUUAAGCAAAAUACCAGUCAUUUAUUCACUUUCACUUAAUACCCAACGUCUUAUUGGUUCAAUUGAUAUAAGAUUUUGGUCACAUCAUCCUAAUUAUAUUCAAUAUACACCAACAAGUUUUGAAGAAUUUCGUAAUUCAUAUGGAUUUGAUGAUUUAUUACAAUUACCUUCAUACGCGGGAGCUAAUUGUUUACCUUAUUUACAAAGAUUUGAAUAUGGAGGGGACGCGACGGAUGGAAAGAUUAUGCAAGUAUUAUCAAUGAUUUGUAAAAAUCUUAAUACUUUAGAGAUAAGUUUUUCAUCAUGGCAAAGAAAACAUGCGGACCCUAUGAUGAUGUUAACUUUAUUACAAGCGCAACAUUCAUUAAAACGAAUGAUUCUUAGACGUGGAGGAUCAAAUCGUCUUCAUAUAAUAAUUGAAGGAUUAAAAAGUCAAGCUAAUUCUUUAAAAUAUUUAGAAUUUAACGGAGCAGAUUUUCGAGGAUCAAUCUCACUUUCAGCAAUAUCUUCUUGUGUUAAUUUAGAGUCAUUAAUAUUUGAUAAAUGUUUAGGAUUAUCAGAUGAAAUAAUUGAACCUUUAGCAAAUACUUCAUUUCUUCGUUUGAAAAAAUUCGUAUUUAGAAAAAGUAUUGGAUUUCGAGAUUUAAGAAAUAUGUUACAACAACCUCAAUUACCAAUAAAAGAUAUAAGAUUAGGUAGAAAAGUUUAUAUAAGACGACCAGCGAGUAUAGUAUCACAAGGUUUAGAUGGACCACCUUCAUUAGUUCUUUCAACAUUAUCAAUAUAUUGUCCAAGAUUGAAAGUACUUGAAACUCAUAUAAGUAGAGAUACUUUACCUCAUUUCUUAUUAUUAUUAGAAACUAGUGUUCAUUUAGAACAAUUAUAUAUUUCGAUUGGUUCUGAAUUAAUCGUAGAUGAAAUAUUUUGGAAAACUUUGGCUCAAUCUUUACCAUUAAAAUUACGAAAUUUGAUGAUUGUAAUUGAAGGAACAUUUUGGUUAAUAAUAUUACAUUGGUUAUUAGGAAAUUGUAUUAAUAUACCAUUAGAAACAUUACAAUUUCCUAGAAGUGUUUGUAUUGAUGAUGAAUAUCUUUGCAUUAUUACUCAAUAUGCAAAAAUUAUGGGAACAUUAAAAAGAUUAGCGUUAGCAAAGAGAUCGAAAGUAUCUUCCGAAGGUUUAAGAAGAGCAUUGGUUGUAUUUCAGAAUGUUACCAGAACAGGUGAAUGGUUCGAAGAUGAUGAUUGA